CAGAAGCUUAAAGCCAGUGUGUGUAUUCUUUGUGCCAGAACACGCAGGACGAUACGGACGAUAACAAAGAAAACUUCACAAUGACAGCAUAAGUGCUCACGCUUAUGGAUCUCUUUUUAUAGAAUCAAGAACAUUUGUUUGUUCACAUUUACUUUUAAUGAUCUUUAACCCUAGCUAUUGUUUUUUUUAUUUAUUUUAGCAAGUUGGUCUCCUGGGGAUAAGGUGUUGAUGGUCGUUGACCAUUUUCCUGCAGUUGUUGAUAGUGAUUGUUUGUUGGUGGAGGGCCAGAUACAAUCAUGGUGCUCAUUCUGGGUCGCCGUCUGAAUCAUGAGAUCUCCAGUUGUGUGCCGGAAUCACCGGCAAUCAAGCGUAAAGUCUUUGAGGUGGACUCUAAGACCCUGAGCGAUGUGUACAACUUCAGUUCCGGUUCUUCUCACUCUGAGAGCGUCCUUCAGGUCUUCAAUGAGUUCCGCGACAGCCGCCUCUUCACGGACGUGAUCAUAAGCGUCCAGGGUCGUGAGUUCCCGUGUCAUCGCGCUGUGCUGUCGGCCUGCAGCAGUUACUUCCGUGCCAUGUUCUGCAACGACCACAGAGAGAGCCAUGAGAUGCUUGUGGAGAUCAACGGCAUCCAGGCAGAUGCUAUGGACAUGUUCCUGCAGUAUGUUUAUACCGGUCAUGCCUGCAUCACCACACACAACGUCCAGUUCCUGUUUGAGACCUCCAGCCUCUUCCAGAUCAACACUCUGCGGGAUGCUUGCGCAAAAUUCCUGGAAGAGCAGUUGGACCCCUGCAACUGCCUCGGGAUCCAGCGUUUCGCAGAUGCCCACUCUUUAAAACAGCUGGCCAGUCGCUGCCGUGCUUUUGCCUUAUUGAAUUUUCCAGAGGUGGCUCAGCAUGAGGAGUUUCUAGACCUCCACAAGGAUGAGCUGGAGGAAUACUUGGCCAGUGAUGAGCUGUGCGUUGGCAGGGAGGAGGUGGUGUUCGAGGCAGUGAUGCGUUGGGUCUACCAUGGCGUGGAGUACCGCAGGCCCAUGCUGAAAGAUAUGCUACAACAUGUCCGACUGCCUCUCCUUCACCCAAACUAUUUUGUACAGACGGUGGAAGGCGAUAAACUGAUCCAGAAUGCUCCAGAAUGUUACCAGUUGCUGCAUGAAGCACGUCGCUAUCACAUACUUGGCAAUGAGAUGAUGUCGCCACGAGCCAGACCCCGAAGGUCUACUGGUUUCUCUGAGGUCAUUGUGGUAGUGGGAGGCUGUGAGCGAAUGGGGAGUUUCAAUCUGCCAUACACAGAAUGUUACGACCCUGUGACUGGAGACUGGACGUCUCUUGCUAAACACCCCGAGUACACCAAGUCUGAGUAUGCAGUGUGCGCUCUCCGCAACGACAUCAUUGUGUCAGGUGGACGCAUCAACAGCAGUUACGUUUGGAUGUAUAACUCUCAGCUCAACAUCUGGAUCAGAGUGGCUUCUCUUAAUAAGGGUCGCUGGAGACAUAAGAUGACCGUCCUACUGGGGAAGGUGUAUGCAGUUGGAGGUUAUGAUGGGAAGUCUUGUCUCAGUAACGUGGAGGUGUAUGACUCAUUCUCCAACCGCUGGACUGAGGUGGCCCCCAUGAAUGAAGCCGUCUCCUGCCCAGCGGUCACAAGCUGUGCGGGAAAACUUUUCGUCAUUGGAGGAGAACCUUAUGAAAACAGCUGCUCCAAUAAGGUCCAGUGUUAUGACCCAGAGUCAGACAGCUGGCAGCUGAAGGCAUGUAUUCCUUUCACCAAACCCAAUAUAUCUGCCGUUUCUCUCAAUCAACACAUCUACGUUUGUGGUGGCCUCACCAGGUCCAUCUACUGUUACGAUCCUUCACAGGACCACUGGAUGCACGUGGCCCAGACCUUCAGCAAACAGGAGAGUUGCGGUAUGUCAGUUUGCAAUGGGAAGAUCUACAUACUGGGUGGACGGGGAGAAAAUGGUGAAGCCUCUGACAACAUUGUGUGCUACAACCCAGCCUCUGGCAUCAUCACAUGCACGGCUGCAAUGCCUCGCUCCAUUUCCUACCAUGGCUGUGUUACUAUACACCGCUUCAGCGAAAAACAACGAAAACCCUGAAAGCAUCUGCAAACACGCAUGCAACUGUCCAAACAUGGAGCUGUAGACUCUUACAUGCAUAUUAAAUAAUUAAAUCAUCUAAACAACUUUGCAACAUUUAUAUUGAGUGAUAAAUUAUUUUUCUUAUACGGUUAACAUGCAUAUAUAUUUGCACUGUAGGUGUAGCACAAUGUUUAACUGCUACCGUUGAUUUAAUCAUACCAAAACUGUUAUUUGUGUGGCGGAUUUUUUUGGAACAAGGAAGAAUGCAAAUUGUAACCUUCCUCAUAACUGAAAUGCAUUUAGAGAAUGUGUCUAAUCUGAUGGAGUAUUUACAUAGAUGCUGUGAUGGUGCCAACAGUCUUGUAUUGAAAAAAACACUGCUCUUUUUGCAUUAUUUUCUAAGAUUUUAAUUUGUGGCUUUU